UCGAACCAGGUGUCGCGAGAAUUCGAUGUAAACAGACCCGACUCCCCGUCCGGCUCCCAACCUGAGAUGCUUGGAUGAGGUGGACAGGAAUCUGGGGUUUUAUGAAUGAAGCUAUGGCUACAGAUUCCCCUAGAAGACCCAGUCGUUGUACUGGUGGAGUUGUCGUUCGCCCUCAGGCUGUCACAGAGCAGUCUUACAUGGAAAGUGUUGUGACUUUUCUACAGGAUGUUGUGCCACAGGCUUACAGUGGAACAACUCUAACAGAAGAAAAGGAGAAAAUAGUCUGGGUCAGAUUUGAAAAUGCAGAUUUAAAUGAUACAUCAAGAAAUCUGGAAUUUCAUGAAAUACAUAGCACUGGGAAUGAACCGCCUUUGCUGAUUAUGAUUGGGUACAGUGAUGGAAUGCAGGUCUGGAGCAUCCCUAUCAGUGGGGAAGCACAGGAGCUCUUCUCUGUACGACAUGGCCCAAUUCGAGCAGCUAGAAUCUUGCCUGCUCCACAUUUUGGUGCUCAAAAAUGUGACAACUUUGCUGAAAAAAGACCCCUCCUUGGUGUUUGUAAGAGCAUUGGAUCUUCGGGCACAAGCCCACCUUACUGUUGUGUGGAUUUAUAUUCACUUCGUACUGGGGAGAUGGUCAAGUCCAUUCAGUUCAAGACAUCUAUUUAUGAUCUCCACUGCAACAAACGGAUCCUUGUCGUAGUGUUGCAGGAAAAAAUCGCUGCCUUUGAUAGCUGUACUUUCACAAAAAAAUUCUUUGUUACAAGCUGCUAUCCAUGUCCAGGGCCAAACAUGAAUCCUGUUGCUCUUGGAAGCCGCUGGCUUGCUUAUGCAGAAAACAAGUUGAUUCGAUGUCAUCAGUCCCGUGGUGGAGCCUGUGGAGACAACAUUCAAUCUUAUACAGCCACAGUCAUUAGUGCUGCUAAAACAUUGAAAAGUGGCCUGACAAUGGUUGGGAAAGUAGUGACUCAGCUGACAGGCACACUGCCUUCAGGUGUGACAGAAGAUGAUGUUUCUAUCCACAGUAAUUCACGACGGAGUCCUUUAGUCCCAGGAAUCAUCACAGUUAUUGACACUGAAACAGUUGGAGAGGGCCAGGUGCUUCUGAGUGAGGAUUCUGACAGUGAUGGUAUUGUGGCCCACUUCCCUGCCCAUGAGAAGCCAGUGUGCUGCAUGGCAUUUAAUACAAGUGGAAUGCUUUUGGUCACAACUGACACCCUUGGCCAUGAUUUUCAUGUCUUCCAAAUUCUGACUCAUCCUUGGUCCUCAUCACAAAGUGCUGUCCACCAUCUGUAUACUCUUCACAGAGGUGAAACUGAAGCCAAAGUACAAGACAUCUGCUUCAGCCAUGACUGUCGCUGGGUUGUGGUCAGUACUCUCCGGGGUACUUCCCACGUUUUCCCCAUCAACCCUUAUGGUGGCCAGCCUUGUGUUCGUACACAUAUGUCACCACGAGUAGUGAAUCGCAUGAGCCGUUUCCAGAAAAGUGCUGGACUGGAAGAAAUUGAACAGGAACUGACAUCUAAGCAAGGAGGUCGCUGUAGCCCUGUUCCAGGUCUAUCAAGCAGCCCUUCUGGCUCACCUCUGCAUGGGAAACUGAAUAGCCAAGACUCCUACAACAAUUUUACCAACAACAACCCUGGCAACCCUCGACUUUCUCCUCUCCCCAGCUUGAUGGUAGUCACGCCUCUUGCACAAAUCAAGCAGCCAAUGACAUUGGGGACCAUCACCAAACGAACAGGGCCUUAUCUCUUUGGAGCGGGGUGUUUUUCCAUAAAAGCUCCAUGCAAAGUUAAACCUCCUCCACAAAUUUCACCCAGCAAAUCAAUGGGCGGAGAGUUUUGCGUGGCGGCUAUUUUUGGGACAUCCAGGUCAUGGUUUGCAAAUAAUGCAGGUCUGAAAAGAGAAAAAGACCAAUCCAAACAAGUUGUAGUUGAGUCCCUGUACAUUAUCAGUUGCUAUGGGACCUUAGUGGAGCACAUGAUAGAGCCGCGGCCCCUCAGCACUGCCCCCAAGAUUAGUGAUGACACUCCACUGGAAAUGAUGACAUCACCUCGAGCCAGCUGGACUCUGGUUAGAACCCCUCAAUGGAAUGAAUUGCAACCACCAUUUAAUGCAAACCACCCUCUGCUCCUCGCUGCAGAUGCAGUACAGUAUUAUCAGUUCCUGCUUGCUGGCCUGGUUCCCCCUGGAAGUCCUGGGCCUAUUACUCGACAUGGGUCUUAUGACAGUUUAGCUUCUGACCAUAGUGGACAGGAGGAUGAAGAAUGGCUAUCUCAGGUCGAAAUUGUAACGCACACUGGGCCCCACAGACGUCUGUGGAUGGGUCCACAGUUCCAGUUCAAAACCAUCCAUCCCUCAGGCCAAACCACAGUCAUAUCAUCCAGUUCAUCUGUGUUGCAGUCUCAUGGUCCAAGUGACACACCACAGCCCCUUUUGGAUUUUGAUACAGAUGACCUUGACCUCAACAGUCUCAGGAUCCAGCCAGUCCGCUCUGACCCAGUCAGUAUGCCAGGGUCAUCCCGUCCAGUCUCUGAUCGAAGGGGAAUUUCCACAGUGAUUGAUGCUGCCUCAGAGCCAGAACAGACAGAGUAUAUCCUAAGCUGGAUACAGCCAGAGACCAGUUUCCUGAUAAAAUAUGUUUUAGGAAAAAUUGUUGUAUUUCAACAUAUCCAGCUGGACUUCCUGGUGGGCCUCCCACAUUGUCAACAUCAGUAGCAUUUAUUUGUUGACCAACAGAAGACCACCAGAAUGAGGUAUUUUCAUUUCUGCAUACUUCUAAUUCUACAAGAAAGAUAGCUGUUGAGAGAGCUACCCUGAAGGAAAUGGCAAACAAACACCAUAGGUGAUCCUGUGUGACAUUCAGGAACUAUUGCAGACUUCCAGGACUCAAGACAGUCUCCUCAGCCAUAAUGUCAUUGACCUUGACAUACUCAGAACAAAUUGGUCUUUGUGAUUGUUACCACAUGCUGUAGUGCCUCCUAACCCUGUCAUUGGUCUAGAGGGAAGUGGGGCAGGAGAAAGGUCUACUCAUCAGAGAAUGUGCUUCUUUUAUGUUCUUAAGACCCUUGACCAGCAUUCUUUUUCCAUUCUGUUUAGUCUUAAAAUGGCUAAUUUAAAGUUUCCUAACCUUUGUCUUAGCUAUGGAGUAUACCUGGGUACUGAAUACACAGAUAUUCUUUGUGUUCUUAGGGUGUGAACUGUUUCAGGAGCAGAAGGUAAGGCAAACACAAUCAAAAAGGCAGCAUUUCUGCUUAAUUAGGAAGAUAAUUCAUUUCCCUAGAGCUCUUUUAGUGACCUGUACCCAUCAGACCAGUAGAAUUUGAACUUUUUUCCCACCUAAAGAGUCAACUGAGAUCAGCAGUUAGCAUAUUCCUGAAUUCUACUUUUCUUUUACUUCUGUAGGUUUUUUCAUUUAUCUGGAGAACACAAAUUUUAGUCAGUAAUAGUUUGUGUAGGCCCCUUUGAUUUCAGAACUCUAGCUAUAGGCACUUACCAUUAAUAAACAUUUGUUGGGUAAAUGAAUGAAUGAAUCCUAUACAAAUUUAGGUGCAUCAGUCAUGAUCUUGGCAAAAGGUUGAAUAAACACAAUGGAAUCAUUGUCUUUGAAAUAUAGGAUCGUAAGCUGAUUUUUAGUCUCACAUUGAUACAUUAACACUGGUGACAUAAACUGGAGUAUGACUAGACACGUGAAUAGCUGACAUGCGCAGGGCAACCUGAGGCAUUCUUUGUUCAUAUCUACAGCGUUCCCCACAUUCUCAAUCAGAGAUGUCUAGAUGAUUCUUUAGUUCUGGGAAUAACUUUAUGUUUUAUAAUACGUAAGAACGUAUUUAACUUUGUUUGUGUAUAUAUACAUAAAUUACAGUAGUUCCUUUGUGGCACUAUGAAUAACUAUAACAUUAACUAAAACUAUAUUUUUAUAUUAGUAAAUUGAAGAGUGUGGGUUCCCUUAUUAAUGUGCCAGUUUUUACUUUGAUCCUAUCAAGUUGGAUAUUUUUAAAAAGAUUUCUAUAUUGAUCCAAAAUAAUUUUGCUUUAGAGGCAUUAGGGCAACAAGUGACAUGUAAGCUACAAAAGGAGUGUAUUUUUUGAGUACCCAUUUAUUUGAAGACACAGUAUCAUUUGCUCUUAGCAUGUUUUUGAAGUUUUCUUCACAUAAACUCUGUAAAGUGUUUCAAGGAUAGCGGAGACAUUCCUUAAACUUUUAUUGGCUACAUGCAUAAAAGGACAGAAAUUUCAGAUUUUCUUCCCUGUUCCUCAUACUACUAUAUCAAAUGUUCUUCAGCCUAUGUUUUCCUCUCACCAGUAUACAUUGUUUCCCUGUCAGUACUUGUACUUACUUAUAGAUCUACUUUAUCUUUCUUACUAUCUGUGUGUUAAUAAGAAUGCCUAACAUUUCUAGAGGCAAGCAUGUAUUAAUUCAUUUACUCUUCAUCAUGACAUUAAGGUAUUGGUACUGUUAUUAUUCUUCUUUGACAGAUGGAAAAAGUAAGUUAAAGAAAGGUCACAAAUGUGUCCAAGUUUACAAAGACGAGACUCAAACGAAGGUGCUCUGGCUCCUGAGCCUGUGCUCCUAAUCGCCCAGCCCCUUCCCGUGGUAUUCUGUCGUGUGGAGGUAUAAUAAUCUCUUUAAUGGAUUCCCUGUGGAUGUUGUUUAAAACUUCUUGCCUUUACAAACAAAACUGCAGUGAACAUUUUUAUACAUAAUUCUGUGUGCAGUGGUUAGCAUGUUAAAAGUAUGAAUAUAAUUGCCCCUUCACACCCACCCCAAGCAGUCCAUAUGUUGCUCUGCUCCAGAAUCCAGAGGAGGAGAAAAUCUGCCCUCUCACAUGGCCCCAGGAAAUUAUACUGGCAGAGGGUCCAUUUUUCAAAGUUUUCUUAGAGUUGUGAGAUUUAAACUAAGGAGUGGCGUACAUAGAUAUUUGUGUCUUGCUUGGUGAGAAGUAGUGGGGGGAAUAUAUUUUUGUUUUUGCUGAGAUCUUAUUAGUAUCAUGGCCAACAACAUUGGCUAUGCAAAAAAUUCUCAGUAAGAUCCUUGCACUUAAAUGGAAUUAGAGGAGAAAAAUUACUGUUAGUCUUACUUAUAUGUAAGAACCUGGAGAAAAUAAAAAACUUAGGAGGUAAUAUUGAUCAUAUAUACCUUUCAUUUAUUAUGUCUUAAUAAAUGACUCUCAUUUAAUCUUCUGGAAAAUGGCAUAUGAAAUUUAUUAAAUUCCACUUACUAUUGCAAAUCUACAUUUUGGGUGGGAACUUCCUAGAGGCUAGUGGCUUCCUAUUCUACUUCCCUGUGCUUGGUAUUUUGGUUAUUGUAUUGCCUACUUACAUGUAUUUGACUUUUCAUUGUAUUGCAUUUUUCAAAAGCUGGACUCUUUUCUUCAGUGACAAGAGAAUUUUCUUCUUGGUGUUCUACUAGAGGCUUGCUAAUGCUCUGACUCAGGCUGACUUUAAAUCCAUAGUUUCAUUUCUAACAUUAUUAACGAUUAAUAUUGAAGCACCAAAUGAAAGAAACGUGGUAGUUGUUUUAUUAAAGAACUGAUGGUUUUUCUUCUGUUUUGGACAUUUUUUACCCUAAACUUGACUGACUUGAAUCUCAUUAGGCCAGCUUAGUUUGACGAUGUUCUAAAAAGAAAGAGGGGGAAACAAAGCACAUGGUCAUCUUACAUGCUAAUAUCGGAGACUCCCUUUUAUAAAUUACUAGCUCCAUCCUUCUAUGAGGAAAGCAGGUAUCCAUGUUGUUGAUGCUCCCCAGAGAAAGCCUCGGACACAUUUUGUUCCCAAACAGAAUUACAAGGAAAAGGUCUGCUUAGCUGUCUUUUCCUGUUUAAAAUACAGCUGCCCCUGAAGCAGAGCCGUCGUCAGCUCGCAGUGCUCUCUACAAACUUGCCAUAUAAGUCUAUGAUAUAAGUAGUGUGGAGUGGUUUUGUUGCUAAGGGAAAAGUGCUUUAAAAAAAGGCUGUAUCUCUUGUAUAGCUCAGAUCCUUUGGGUAUUUAAUGUACAGUUUCAACAAAGGACACUCAGAAUUAUACCUCUGGUUCAAAAUUGCUUAAAUGUUGAAACAUAUGGUCUCAUGUUCCAUUUGUUAGGAAACAACCAGCUGUUCUCAGCCUGCCAAAUCCAAGUAAACAUCCACUGUGUGGAAGAGUGAAUCUGAAGUGGUUCAGUAAAAACAUAAAAGCUGUUUUUGCUGAAAAAGAAGAAGGAAAAAAAAGGCCACCCCGAAACAGCAGCUAGUGAAGGGAAAAAAAUCUCGUUCUGAUAAUGUAUUUUCCCUGGCUUGCUUAGAGUGGACUGUGGAGUAGAAAUGACUCUACAGUUGUUUCAAUUAAAAAAGAUUUGUAGGCAUCAUCCUUGCUGUCUUCCGUUGGUGAGAAUCAUGUGAUUGUCUCGGUUACAGUGAUUAUUUUAAUAAAAUGCAAUUAUCUGAAUAAUUAAUUUAUUUGACUACUCUACUGUGUCCUCCAUUCACAGAGGCCAAAAUGUCAAAGAUCAAGUAGAUUGGGAGAAUAGGAAAAUUCUCAUUAUAAAGGCAAGGGGGGGAGGGAAAGGAUGAAAUAUUUGGAAUUUCAGUGCAGUGGUUUCUAUUUAUCCGAAAUGUCAAGGGCAGUGUAAAAUGUAUUUUUAAAAUGUGUUUCUGUAUGGUUUGUGCCCAUUCUUGGCGUGGCUGUGGCUCUACAGAGGCCAUUGUUCUUUGAGGAGUAUGAGGGGGUGUCUUUGUCCAAAGUGACAAAAAGAAGACUUGGAAGACUGGGCUUCCUUUGUUCCUGUGCGGUGCUGUAAAAUUUGGUUUGAAAUUAGGACCUCAGGGAAGGACCUUCAAUAGAGAGCUUUCAUUUCCUGCCAGCAUUUUAAUCACUCUGGGGUUUAAAGUGGAUGGCCGGCCAGCAUAAUGGCCCUAUGUUUAAUAGAACAGCUUGUAUCUUGAAGGCCAGUUAAGGGAUCUGUCAUCCGCCCAAUAUUCGUCUUUUCUGUUUCCUGUCCAUUUAUGAAGAUCACCCACCCUUUUAGGUGGCUUCCCUGGACCAUUUUGUAGGAGAGCUGCUGCCACUACUUCUUAAAGAGGCUGAACAGAAAUCCAGUUCAAUGUGGUCCAGCCAUCAACCCAUGCAGGAAAGUUCUGGCGAGUGCUUUAAUUAGACAUGGAAUUCACCAGAUUUGGGAGUUGAUUCCAUCAGUUGCAGAGGGAAUGUGUCAGAUUUUAUAAAUGUAUGGAAUAUAGGAGGAAGGUGAAAAAUUAUCUAUAUCUCAUCACAAUUGUUGGAACCCCCUGACCUGAUAUGUGUUCAUCUAAUCAAUGAAGUGGAAGUUAAUGUCAUCCUGUCAUUUGGAGGAGUAAUUUACCUCCUGGGAGGUGAAUAACCCGGUGGAUUUGAUCCUGUUGUAGAAUAAGGAAAUCUGUAGUUUUCCUGAUAUAGAAAAUUAUUAAGUUAUUAAUUCUGAAUAUAGGCUUCUUUUGGAACCAUUUAGAAAUUUACCUUUAUAAUUUAUCAGAUGAUAUCUAGAACUCCUAAAGGAGUGAAUAUUAGAAUCAAGGCUGGAAAGAUAGAGCCAACAUUAAGAAGUAUGGGUUCUGAUUUUCUUCCCCAAUUCAUGCCUAGUGCCUACGUGUAAGAUAUUAUCAGUAAAAGCCUCAGACUCACUAAGUUCUCACCUAGGACCUGUCACUGAAAUUGCUUUGUGAUUAGGUGCUAAGCACAGCCUGUGUGGUGGCAAUAGUGAACUGCUUGGCAGAGGUAAUUUCGAGGGUAGCUACUAAAUAGAAUCACAAAGUAUUUCCCUAACCCGGGAUGAUAACGUACAUGAAUGAGGGAAGAGAGUAAAGGAACUUUUUCAGCUGCUACCACAUUCUCUAUCCCAUCGCAAGGCCAGGAGUGCUGCAAUACAAACAAACAACGCAGAGAACACUUUUGACCGGCGUUUUUUGUAGGUAGGUAUAGGUUAUCAUGGGGAAAUUAAGGAAUGUGUAAACCUCAUUCAACAAAACUGAAAUGAUUCUAUCAAGAGAAACUUAACCCAUGCCCACAGAGCUGAUGUAGAUGAGCCAGAGCCUCCCUUAGCUAGGGUCCCAGCUCUGGGUGGAGGACAGCAGAAAAGGCCCAGGGGUGGGGAAGAAAGACCGAUUGGAGAGAAUAACAUUUGAAGGCAUUGUCAUUUAUUCAGAAGAAAUGGAAUGACAUUAAAGUUCUCAAAAAAAAAGUGCCAGGACCAGCCCCUCUUCACUUUCCCCAGUCCGUAAUCAGUAAUCAUUGUCUGGUUAGUUCAGAUCAUAAUCCAGUCGGCUACCAAGGGGUUGUGCUUCUUUACUGACUGUACUUGUGACCCACAGGACUUUUCAAACACGGAUUUAAGCAUACAGAGACUUCCCUGCCUCUUUGAGAGCCAUUCUCCCACUAUAUCCCUUUUCACUUCUUUCAUCAUGUCUCUAGCUGCAGAUUUCCUAGCUGCCCAAUUUGAGCCCUUUUGAGUUGGCCUCCCUGGGAUGAGUAGCUGUUUGAAAGCUGAUUUAAAGUGAGUGUUGUUCCACGUAAGAGCUAUUGGCUGAGAAGAGCACUCUCCACAACAACAGAGGUGAUUGAGAAAGGCAGACAAGGUCUCCUGAGGGUGGUUUUACAGAUGUGCAUUGGUCGAGUAGGAAAUAUGCAUCAUGAGAUUGAGGAUCUUGUUUUUGCAUCCAGGGCAUUUCUCCAU